AUGCAGCACGACGACAUUGUUGUUUCAUCCACACCGUGCGUGGUGGCGGAGACGGCGGCAAUGCCGAGCGAGGACUUUAGUAAUCUGCCGCUUGAUGCGUUGUUGACGCAUAAGAACUGGAAGGCGCGGAGGGAGGGUUUUGAACGGGUGCGAGACAGCCCGAACGAGCUCAAGGCUCACUUGCUGGAUAAAAGAAAGAAAAUUAUGGGUGAGGGCAACGCGGCAGCGCAGGAGGCGCUUUUUGAAGCACUGAGUGCGUUGGUUAAUGUUUGCGACGACAACAAUUUGAGCAUACUCGCGGGUGAGCCCUUAAAAGUGGUGAUAGAAAAGGGCAUCACCGGGAGACCGCGGGCUGUGCAGGCGAGUUCGAAAUUUGUUUUAGAUCUUGUCGGGGCCGCCAAACAAACCGAGGUGUUUGACGUUUUGUUACCCGCCUUUUCGCACAAGACACCAAAGAACCGGUUGGCCGCCGCCCAGUUGUGUGCUCGGAUUGUAGGUGACUACGGUGUGGCGGGAUUGCCUACGAAAUCAAUUCUGAAGGCCAUGCAGCCGCUUUUCAAUGACGCCAAUGCGCAAGUUCGUAAAGAGGCCGUGUUGUUGUGUUGUCAGUGUUAUAAAUUUAUUGGUGCUGCCAUUAAAGGGUUUCUAACCGACCUUCGAGAGGUUCAACUGCAAGAACUGGAGACAUUAUUUGAGGAGGUGGUGCUGGGUGAGGCGCCACGAAGGAAUAUUCGUGGCAUGCUUUCCACCACCCCAGUCAAGCCCGCUGUGCCCGUGGCACACUUAGUAACGCACAACGGCACCUCAAACGACCUCUCAGAUGAGGCGUAUGAGCUAUGCGAUGAAGCACCUGUCUUGUCACGACUUCCUCGUAAUUUUUACCGUGUUGCACUGGACAAGAGCGCAAAAUGGCAGGACCGCGUUGCAAUGGUGCAGGACAACCUCCUUCCUCUCAUCGCCGCACCAAAGCCACGUUUGAAAGAUGACUACCAUGAGCUUGCGGGCAUGGUACGAGAACUACUUCUAGACCCUCAGGCGCCACUGAUGCUGUUAGGAUUCAAAUGCAUUCAGGAAUUAGCGCGGGCUUUGCGAUCUACGUUUGCUCCGCAUGCACGUUCUUAUUUGAACCCGUUAUUUGACAAGAUGAAAGACAAGAAAACGAGUGUCUUAGAGCACAUAACAACAACGCUGGAGGCCCUCAUACGUUACAAGUGUAUCACGUUAGAACAGUGCCAAGAUGAGAUUGAGCUCACCGCACAGAGCCGGGUUCCAAAUCAGAGGUUAGCGUUGAUACAUUGGCUUAUCCGGCUUACGGAUAAACUUGACUGUAGUUAUUUUUGCCGUCUGAGUCGAGCACAAGGCAUGCUUGGCCGUCUGAUGAAUGACGAAAAGGUUGAGAUUCGAGAGGCGGCUUGUGUGUUAAUCUCAAAGUUCAUCACACUUCUGGGAGAAGCCAAUUUUCAGCCACUUCUGGCCUCCUUAGAUGAGAAGCAGCGCAGCAAAGUCGCCACAGCCAUAAGCAGUGCCGCCAAUCUACAGUGUACGCCGUCGAUUUCCCCAGCAAAAAAAACACAACGUCUAGAGCUGCGAGAAAGACCCUCCUCCGUGGCCUUACGAAGUCUCUCCGUGGGAGAAAUGAAUACGUCUUCCCUUACUGGUGUGUCAUUGAGAGGGCAACGUCACUUUUCUGCAAUACCGCGCCAAUCCUCUCCUGAGGUUGGGAAGAAGCGUUCAACAGAUGACUCAGUGUCAUUGGAGUCAACUCUUCCCUCCAAAGACGAGGCGUUUAAGCGUAUGUUGGGCCUAAUGAAUGGAAAUAUGACAGUAUUGCCGCUGUUGCGCUCCAAGGAGUGGGGAAGCCGCCAGAAGGGUGUCAUGUGCAUACGGACACUGGUUGAUGAGUGGACAGAAGAGGCAUGUACAAAGUAUUUGGAUACUGUUCUUGUGUAUUUGCGUGUUGAUCCUGGGUGGCGCGAAUCCAUAUUUCAGGUAUUCCAAUCAAUGCUUGGUGUGCUACAAGUGCUUGUGACACGAGCAACGGUAGUAAGCACUGGGGCAAGUUACGCCAUCAUAACAGGUUGUACCUGUCGGCUUACAGAACCCAAAAACAGAGCGGCUGUUCGUGAGUUGAUAACUCACAUCGCAAGACGUCAGGGUAUUGCAUUUGUGAUGCAUCACUUAAUAGAAGAAGUUACAUCCGUUAAAACACCGAGACUGAUGCAAGAAUGUAACGAAUACAUGAUACAGUUACUACAGACAUUUACAUCUUCCCAAGUUGAUGCAAAGGGAGUGGUGGAUUAUGUGAAGUUGCACUGUUUUGGGCAGCAAUUUCCUGCAAUACGAGCCUCUGGUAUAAUGUUGCUGGUAGCGCUUCGGGCUCAUACCGGUCCCGCAAUAGAUGACUACAUAAGCACUGCCUGUCCUGCAUUGCUUGGCGUGUAUGAGGAAGGUCUUGCUCAGAGUAACGGAAUUAAAGUGGCUUGUCGUGGAACUGAAUCUCGGGAUAUACAACGAGCGCCAUCCCCUGUUUCCCCCUCACGUGCGCAGAAGACAGAAAACCGGCAAUCAGCAAGAACAAGCGGACAAAGUAGUACAGGUCCAACCAUGGCAUUUUCUCAUGUAGAAAACCGCGCCGUCGUUUCAUGUCGAGGCGAUUGUCCAACACAAUCUCCCUGCCACAAGUGA